UGACGGUUGUAUAUUUUUUUAUUUUUUAUUUUUAAAAUUUGUUUUCUUCGUAGAGAGAGAAACGUAAGAGAGAGAAGAUAGAUGAAUUUGAACUGCAAUAUCCUCUCUGUCCCUUUCUCUCUCUAGAAAGAUACUCCUAUCUUCACACUGAUUGUACCCACUGCAGGCUGCUGUUUGUGGAACUCAUCUCUCCGGACGCCUUGUUUCUCCUUUCGAUUGUGUAGAUUGAUAGGUAUUUACACAUUUUUGUUGUGAGGUUGGAUUUCGGAGAUUUGAUGCGCGCUGCAAAAAUUUGAAUAGAUCGGCGAUGGCGGAGGUUUCCGGCGAGGGAGGUAUUGGCGUGUCGGCGGAGGUGGUUACUGGAGAGACAAGGGACAAUGCGCCUGCGACGACGCCGCUGAUGGUGUCGGCGUCGUUCAAGGAGGGAGGGAAAAGUUCGUCGACGCGGCGGAGGGCGUCCGUCCGGCCGAGCCUCGACGCAGAUGAGUUUAUAAAUCUACUGCACGGUUCGGAUCCGGUGAAGCUGGAGCUCAAUCGACUGGAGAACGAAGUCAGAGAUAAGGAAAGGGAGUUGGGGGAAGCGUACUCUCAGAUCAAGGCUUUGAAAUUUUCCGAAAGGCUACGCGAAAAAGCCGUCGAAGAGACCACUGAAGAGUUGGCAAGGGUGGAAGAGAAGCUCAAAUUAACAGAAUCUCUUCUGGAAAGCAAGAAUCUUGAUAUUAAGAGACUUAAUGAUGAAAAGAAGGCCUCCAUGGCAGCUCAGUUUGCGGCAGAAGCCACACUUCGUAGAGUUCAUGCAGCCCAGAAAGAUGAUGAUAUGCCUCCAAUUGAAGCUAUCUUGGCUCCAUUGGAGGCUGAGCUUAAACUUGCUCGGCAGGAGAUUGCAAAAUUGCAAGAUGAUAACAAAGCAUUAGACCGGCUCACCAAGUCAAAAGAGGCUGCUCUACUAGAAGCUGAGAGAACUGUGCAGGUAGCGUUGGCAAAAGCUUCUCUGGUGGAUGAUCUCCAAAACAAGAACCAGGAACUGAUGAAGCAAAUAGAAAUUUGUCAGGAAGAGAAUAAGAUAUUGGAUAAAAUGCAUCGUCAAAAAGUUGCAGAGGUUGAAAAGCUUACCCAAACUGUACGUGAGCUUGAAGAAGCAGUGCUUGCUGGUGGUGCAGCUGCCAAUGCUGUACGUGACUACCAGCGGAAAGUUCAGGAGUUGAAUGAAGAAAGAAAAACACUAGAUAGGGAGCUUGCUCGUGCCAAAGUAACAGCAAAUAGGGUGGCGACUGUGGUAGCUAAUGAAUGGAAAGAUUCUAAUGACAAGGUUAUGCCUGUUAAACAAUGGCUAGAAGAAAGGAGAUUCUUGCAGGGAGAGAUGCUACAACUUAAGGAGAAACUUGCUAUAGCUGACAGAGCUGCAAAAUCUGAAGCUCAAUUGAAAGAAAAAUAUCAAGCACGGUUGAAAGUUCUUGAAGAGACUUUGCGAUCUCCAAAUACCACAACUCGUGUUCCAUCUGAUGGACGUAGCUCAAGCAAUGGUGCUUCACGUCGUCAGUCACUUGGGGGAGCUGAAAAUAUAUCAAAAUUGACUUCCAAUGGUUUGUUACCUCGGAGGUCACCAUCAUUUCAGUUGAGAUCUUCUGGUAGCAGUACAGUGUUGAAACAUGCGAAAGGUACAUCAAAGUCCUUUGAUGGAGGUUCUCGGUCUUCAGACAGGAGCAAAGUUCUCUUGAAUGGAUUAGGGCCGAAUUUUAAGCAGAGCCAAUCCUGUGAUGGAACUAAAGAAACUGAAACACAAAAUAAUACAUGGAAAGAUACUCAAGUGGAGAAAACCAGUGAUAUACCAGUAGCAGAGACAGAUGAUACUGUGUCGGGGUUGUUGUAUGAUUUAUUGCAAAAAGAGGUGGUUUCACUUAGAAAAGCAGUACAUGAGAAGGAUCAGAGUUUGAAAGACAAGGAUGAUGCAAUUGAGAUGUUAGCAAAGAAGGUAGACACUUUGACUAAAGCAAUGGAAGUUGAAGCCAAAAAGAUGAGACGAGAGGUGGCUGCUAUGGAGAAGGAGGUGGCUGCAAUGCGCGUUGAGAAGGAACAUGAAAAUAGAACUAAACGUCUAGGGAAUCCAAAAAGUAACAGUUCGCAGAUCAUACCUGGAAGGUCUGUAUCGAGAAGUGGAUCCAUGCGGAGCAUGCAAUAACAGAAUGAUACCCCUGCCACAGUGAACACCCCCUGGAUUAUAUUGGGUCCUUCAUAUCCACGACUUGUUCUCAAAAUUUGCUGUUGUUUGUAUAAUUUUAACAAGCAUGCAUAUGCCAAUGGCUCUUUGGUUGUGGCAAGAGAAGAGAAAAAUUAGAAAAAUACUGCAAUGAUGAUGGGGAGAGAUCUGAUGGCUAUGGCUAUGGCAAUGGUAAUGAUAGAGGUGAGCUUCUGACUUAGACUACAUAACCCAUCUCUGUUAGAUAUCAGAAAAAAGAAAGAAAUAUCAAAAGUUGAUCUAACCUUUUGGCAGAGAGAGACGGAUAUACAUAUACAUAUAUGUAUCUAUAUAUAUUGGAGUGGGAGGCAGUCUAUUGUGGCGUUGUUGUUGUAUAGGUUGAAAGCAGCUUAACUCUUGUUUGUUUGUUUGUUGGUUACUUUAUUUGUUUGGUGUCAUAUUCUCUACUACAUAUUGAAAUCUGGUGCAGUUAGUUUGA